GAGAGGCACACACUCGCACGCAGCCUUGCAGAGAGAGAGAAAGAGAGAGAGAGAGAGGGACACAGAGAAGAGGACAACAGAGACACCGGGAGAAGAAAGAGAGCGAUGUCUGCUGAAAAGGCACCUCUUUCUCACUCACUUGCCGGCCCUCACUAAGACACCAUGGGCUGUAUUGGCUCCCGCACUAUCACGGCAGAUGCAGUUCCUGUCAGGAAAGAUGGAGAUCAGCAUGGACGAGCAGAGUUUUCUUGGGAAGGAAUCAAUCUGUCUAUGGAGGACACCACCUCCAUCUUGCCUCGUCUCAAACGGAACUCCAACGCCUAUGGGAUUGGAGCUCUGGCUAAGUCCUCUCUGUCAGGUGUGUCAGGUGUGACCAGGUCCAUGAAAGACAAGGUAACUAAACCUACAGCUAUGGCUCAAGGCCGUGUAGCCCACAUGAUAGAGUGGCAGAGUUGGGGCAAACCAUCUGCUGGGCCAAUAGGGGGAGCAGGUCUGUCCAACCUGCACCGCGAGAGGGAGAGAAGACUUGAGAACGACGCCUACAGUGACCUGAGUGAUGGGGAGAAGGAGGCACGAAUGGCUGCUGGAGUGAUGCAGCAGUUUGCGAUCUCUGAGGCCACGUUGCUGGCGUGGAAUUCUAUGGAUGGGGAAAGUUUCUGUGCUGACUCCAACCAGGGCAGUGUAGCACACCUCAGUGAAGUUAAUCAGGAGAGCAUUACCAGCAGAGAUCAACCUUUGCAUCAUUCGUCUGCAGAAGUCUGGCCUCACACCUACGUGUCCCAGGGUCUGUACUGCCUUUCGUCCUCUGAUGCUUGGGAGCCAAUCAGCAAUGAGCUAUCAGGCAUGGCUUCUCCUGCAGCUGGCUCCUACAUAGCCAGUGGGGCUUCUGGAGAAGGUUAUGAUUGCUCUACUCACUAUCUGUCCCAGCAGCAGCUUGCACUUCAGCAGCAGAGCCACUUACAGCAGCUGCAGCAGAUGCAGCAGUACCAGCAGCACCAACUCAUGCAGUACCAGCAACAGUCACUGGAACACCGGCUACACAGCACCUCUCAUUCUUUGCAAGCGACACCCAAUAGCACCAUUCAUAGCUUGGGCCCACCCACUCAUCCACGAUUGGCUGAUUUGUGGGCAGCAGCACAAGUGGAGCCACAUCAGAUGGAAAUGAUGGGACACAUGAGCAUAGCCUUGGCAGAAAUGGGAACGCCGGAAUCAUAUGGUGAGGAAGUAGUUACAGAAAACGAGUGCAUCCCGGAGCAGCAAGAGGAAGAAGAAGCUAAGGAGGAUGACGUCACAUUAACGCUGGAACCUGAGGCCAUGUCCAUGACGCCAGUUUUGACCACACAGCCUCAUAGAGAGGGUCCGAUGCCUGGAGGUGUGAGUCCGUCCCUGUCACACCCAGAGCCGAUGCCUGAGCACAUGACCUUCGAGGUCACAUCCUGCAUCAUCCAAUCCCUGGAAGAGAAAGAAGAGGAAGUGGAGGAUGGGGCUGUGGUUGUCGUGGCAACCAAUUAACAGCUUUGUUUGAUUUUUGUUUGUUUUUUUUUUCAAGAGGAUUACCGAAAGAAACUUUUCAAAAGAUGGAACUAUCUCUACUGAAAUAAUCAACUAAUUACGCUAAUGUAUAACCGACCGCACCCGAGGUGUAUGUUCUCAUUUUUUUUGUCAAUCAGACAGUGGAGGACUCCGCCGUGAGACGCACUGAAUCGAAUUAUAUGUUCUUCAAGAUUGAUAAAAGGACAUAAUCAUAAAAAAUUGCGCAGGGGACACGCUAACUGAGAGGAUAAAGGUGGAGAUGUAGAUGUGUGAUAUCUUCGCCAGAGGACGAGACACGAAAAGAAACUAAAGAAAACAGUGCAAUACUAACAUACCAAGACAACCAAAAGAAAGUGCAUGCAUUCUGAAUAUUUAAGUGACUGAAUUACCAGUAUACAUAUAUAGUAAUAACUGAAAUUGAUUUUUGUAAUAAAAUUUAAAAAGCCAAGAAAAUAUGAUGUAUUUCUAUGUACAUACAAUAUGUAUGUUUCUAUGUGUGUAUGUUGGUAUGACUGUAUGACUGCAUGUAUGUAUAAAGGUAUAUUCUCAAAACCAUCAUCUGUUUAUUCACCAUUUGGCAAUAAUGUUGUGUGACGUGUCUCAUAUGUAUUUUACAUCCAGCAGCCACACACACACACACACACACUCUUCAUAUACACAAGCACAAUACUGCCCUGGAGACAGCAUUAUACUGUUCAUCACCGAUACGUAUAAGACUUAUGCACUAUUACGAAUAUAUAAGAAUGUAUGCUAUGGUUUUGGUUGGUGACUACAUUUUUGUUCCAUCAGGUUUUUAUUUUAUUUUUUUUCUUAUUUGGCUCCAUAUUGAAUAAUCACAAUUAUUGUAAACAGUUGAAAACUGAAGACCGCUCCAGCUCCAGCUUCAAUCAAUCACCAGUCUCAGUAUAAAACCUGCAGAAUGAGUGAUUUAGUAGACCUGAACGGAAGACAGAAAAGCGAUCUUUAAACGCACAGCAGCUGUGGGAAAAGUAACCAAAGGAUGGUCUGACCACCAGAGAAACAACAAACAGAUAACCUUCUUGGGUGUAAAGCAGCUAUAAAUAAGCACAGUGUUACAGCAAAGUCCAGUCAGUUAGCAAGUCAACUCCUACUGUGAUCCUUUUGGGGGGAAAAAAUAAUUUUAAAAAAUUGAAGUUGUGCAUUAUUUUCUUGUCAUAUUGACAGACCGGAUGACUGUGGACAAUAACGGAUGAAAGUGAAGGAAAGAAGGUGCUAUUAACCGAUUGUAGGCUUCGAUCUAAUUAUCUUGAAGAGUUUCCUGUUUACUGGGUGGACAAGAACGAUUUUCUCAGAAAUGACAGAAGAUAUCUAGAUAUCUAGAAAAUAUUUGUGGAGAAUGGAUCCAUAAAAGAAUGUAUUUCACUAAUGCAGGGAUAAUCCUGUGGUUGAAGUAGAAUUCUGUGACAAAGCCGUGUUUAUUUAUUUAGUUAUUUAAUUUAUUUAUUUAUUUAUUUAUUUUUGGUGAUGAAGUCCAUUAUGCAACUUGAGCAAUGUUUAUUUAUUUAUUUUAUUUAUUUACUUUUAAAUAACUACAUCAUUACACAAAAUUUAAAAAAAAGAAAAGAAAAAGUGUCUAUAAGGUGGACAAAAGGCUUUAUUAGGAUGAUAUUAUUAUUAUAUUGUAUUGGGAACGGAAAGAUGUCAUAUAUGCAUUUUUAUUACCUUAACAUGAGAGAAAGUCAAUAAGUGGAUUUGGUGUAUAAAAGGAGAUUUAAACCGUGACUUUAUUUAAAAAGAAAUAAGAGGAACAUAAAUUCUAAAAGUGAUAUAAGGUGGAAUUAUUAUGAGAGGUCAGGGCAUGAUAUCUCCUAUGUGUGUAUUUUUAUGUGUUGUAAAUAAAGGCCUUAC